AUGCAGUUCACAGCAGCCCUCGCCCUAGCUCUCAUGAGCAUCACAUCUGUCGCUGCCGCCCCAGCUCCCGCACCCAACCCAAUCAACCUGAUGAUCACCAUUUCGCCCGAGAGCCCAGAAGCUAUCUUCGCCCUGAACAACGCAGCAGGAAGUUGCAUCGGUAUAGGCGGUACGUCUCUCUCCACAGUCUUGGCCAUCCUUAAUGGUGCGGCAAAGACUCGCCCGACGAGCCAUGCUGCGAAGGGUCGGAUGGCUGCCACAUCGCGUGCGGUGGCAGCAAAGGGUGUGGUUGGUACUGCACUAAGAAGUCGACAUGCUCGGGUCCGUGGCAUCCUGGAUGCUAGAUAUCUCCCCAUUAAGCUCAGCUUUGAAAGAAUCGAUAGCUAG